GCAGAGAGAGGAUCCUCCGAAGAUUAUAGCGGCGCUGACAGCGUGCGUGUCCGGUGUGCGCGCUCUCUCAACCCCGCCGACACCGAUCCAGAUGCGCGCCCGACUCUCUCCGGUCAUCAGGCGCGGCUUCGGCUUUCCAAUCAUCUUUCCAAUCAAUAAUCACAAGAUUCGCUUCUGAUCCACCGACAGCCGCGAGCUGCGCGCUUCCUCCAGCUGAAUGACGGGCGGUCGGUUCGACUUCGACGAUGGCGGCACGUACUGCGGCGGCUGGGCAGACGGUAAAGCCCACGGGCACGGCGUCUGUACCGGCCCCAAGGGCCAGGGCGAGUACGCGGGCUCGUGGCGCAACGGCUUCGAGGCGGUCGGUGUGUACACCUGGCCCAGCGGGAACACCUUCCAGGGCCACUGGGCGCAGGGCAAGCGGCAUGGACUCGGCGUGGAGGCCAAGGGCCGAUGGCUGUACCGGGGCGAGUGGAGCCACGGGCUGAAGGGACGCUACGGUGUGCGCCAGAGCCUCAACACACCCGCCCGGUACGAGGGCACAUGGAGUAACGGGCUGCAGGACGGCUACGGUGUCGAAACCUACGGAGACGGGGGAACGUAUCAGGGCCAGUGGAUGGGUGGCAUGCGCCAUGGUUACGGCGUGAGGCAGAGCGUCCCUUACGGCAUGGCGACGAUGAUCCGCUCUCCAUUGCGCACCUCUCUGGCCUCCCUGCGCAGCGAGCAGAGCAACGGUUCCGUCCUGAACGAGCGCAUGUCAGACAGCCCAGCUGGUACGCGCGGCGGCUUCGUCCUCAACGUGCACAGCGACGGCGAGCUCGGGUCAGGCAGGAAGAAGGGCCUGUUCCGCCGCGGCUCCCUGUUCGGCAGCCUGAGGCAGCUGAGGAAGUCAGACUCGCGCUCGUCCAUCUCGAGCAAGCGCAGCUCGGCACGCAGCGACGCCGCCAUAAGUCGCAUCAGCUCGAGCGACGCCAACUCCACGCUUAGCUUCGGCGAGGACGACGACAACGUGCAGACGGAGGACAACGUGGACGCCACCACCACAGAGUCCUACACGGGCGAGUGGAAGAACGACAAGCGCAGCGGAUUCGGCGUGAGCGAGCGCUCCAACGGCAUGAAGCACGAGGGCGAGUGGGCCAACAACAAGCGCCACGGAUACGGCUGCACCGUCUUUCCCGAUGGAACUCGAGAGGAGGGCAAGUACAAGAACAACGUGCUGGUGCGCGGCAUCAAGAAGCAGCUCAUCCCGCUCAAAAAUGCCAAGACCAAACAGAAGGUGGAGCGGGCAGUCGAGGGAGCCAUCAGAGCCGCCGCCAUCGCCAGGACGAAAGUGGAGAUCGCCACCUCCAGAACAGCCCACGCCAGAGCUAAAGCGGAAGCUUCAGACCAGGCAGCCCUAGCAGCGUGCCAGGAUGCAGACAUCGCUCGCGCCGUGGCACGGGAGCUCUCACCAAACUUCCACCAGCCAGGACCUGAUUACAUUAAGCAGAAGUUCUCCAGCGAGCCUAUCGAGAUCAAAGAAGUCAUUGAAGAGAAGAAAGAGAAAACACCCUCAGGAAGUCCUCAUUUCUAUCGCAAGGGCACCACGCCCACCCAAACGCCCACCCAGAGUCCAGGUCCGACCCCUCCUCCCUCCCCACCAGUCACCAAAAAGAAGUCCUUCUUCAACAGAAGCACCCCGAAACCUGCCAAAGAGAGCCCCGUCGAGAACCCGGCACCCAGCGUCGUCGCCAAAACUGCCCCCAGAGCGCCAGCCAAACAGGAAGUCAAGAACGAAGUGGCAACCGCCCUCGUGCCCAAUAAACCCAUGGUGCCGGUCGCCAAUCCCUCCAGUCCUGGCAACGGCGAGCUCCACACACAGUACCACAGCUACUACGUUAAAGCCGAGGUGUCCAUUCCACCCGACGAAUCCGAGGAGCAGGCGAAGCACGAAAGCUCCGUCGCCCUCGCCAAGGCGCCCGCUCCCGUCAGGCAAUAUCGCGCCCCCACACCCUCUAUGGUCGCUGCCAAGCUCCCCAUGACCAGAGAGGUUAAACCAGAGCCCAAACUCAAGAAGCAGGAUUCGGUGAAGCCAAAGAGCCUAGCAGAAACCAAGAAAGCGAGCAUGGAGACGAGCACAGACGUGGUGGAGGAGCAGACGGGUCCGAACUCCAUACUGGUGGCACUGGUGAUGCUGAUAAAUAUCGGCCUAGCAAUUAUUUUUGUCCAUUUCCUGACUUGAUGAAUCUUGAACCUCAGCGAGUUCUUCAGAAGAACGUGCGGCGUUGGGCCCAUCCUUCUCUGCCGUUGUGUGGACGGCCUUUCGAACACGCCGCUCAGAAUCAGACGCAGGCAACGGACGACUGGAAUUAAAGCGGAGUGGAGAACGUCUGAGUGUCCCGCAGCCGAGCUCACCCAGCACCCCCCCGACAAGCCACCCCAACCCCUCUCCGCCUCGCCCGGCCACGAUUUACGACUCGCUUGGGCUCUGACAGCUGAAGCCAGAAGUCCCUGGGAGAGGGGGGUGUAAAAAAAAUACACAUAAAAAUGUGCUGAUCCAAGGCGUAGCCGGUGUGAAGUGCAUGGAUGGGCUGCAGGUGUGUGUGUGUGUGUGCGUGUGUGUCUCAGUGGGGGGGGUUAAACUGGAUAUGUUCAGCGAUGCACUUUUAGUUGACAGAAGAGAACAGCUGCCUUACAAUUUUACCCUCUUGACGUGGUCAGGGGAGAUGUCUGAGUGUGUGUGUGUGUGUGUGUGCGCGCAGUGGGAGUCCAGAAUGUGUGUGUGUGUGUGUGUGUGUGUGUGUGUGUGCACUCUUUGCUCUAAUCUAAACACCAUGCCCAUGUUUAAAAGGAAGGGGGGCACUCGCCGUCUUAUUGCAUUACCCGUUUCUGAAGCCUUGUCUAGCUGCACCUGCUCGCGUUGCAGGGGAUUAUGGGAUGCCGUGCCCGGGCGUGGCGCUGCUUUAACUCGAGGGUUAGCUUUUUUAUUUUUGUGUUUUGUGUGUUUGUUUUUUAUGUCACCUUCAGUUAUGCGAGAGAAAAAAAGCAGUUCGUGUAUUUGUGUCGCCUCGUACGAGCGUCCCAUCUAAUAAUGAUAAUGUUUUGUUCUCGUGUGUUUGUGUUCAUGAUCCCUAAAAAUCAAAGCAAAUAUUUUUGAUUGGCACCUGAUAAACGAUCAGAACGAGCAGCUGGGAUUCUGACACGGGGCUGUCACGGUGUCCGUAACAUCCAUCAUUCACUCACCUCAAUUUUCUAGUGGAUUUUUUUUACUGAGCAGUAAAACAACAUUAUUAUUAAUAUUUGUAAUCAAUAAUAUUAAUCCAUGUGAGACUUUACAGGUCACAUGGUCACCGUGAGCGAUCAGAUCAGUCUGUGUUGUUUUUUGGUCUGAUGCUGCACACACAGGACUGGAGAUAUCAGACAUGAGGAGCGUGUUCUUAUCUUUACACUGUUGAGUAGUGACGUGUAGUUUUAGUUUAUUACACUGAAUAUUAUUUUCCUACUUUAUUUAUUAGUAUUUUAUUUCAUUUGGUGUCACAGAGGAAGCUGAUAUUAGUACAACGCUGCGUUAUGAUUAAACUUCACUGGAAAGAAGGAGCGCUGCCCGAACUGUUAGCACUCACGCCAUUAUUUCUAAGCGCUAUGCAUUCGGCGGGUAUCUUUACUCCACCCCAGUCGAAGCCAGGCAUUGCACAUGGUGAUGUUAGGCUUGUGUGGCGACCCUCCUCUAGCUUCCUGUGUUUGUGUAGUAAUUAUUUUAGACGCUAUGCUUCAGCGCUUCAGCAUUUCAGCCCUUCGCUGAGCUGUUGUUGCUCCUUGAUGUUUCCUCUUCACUGAAAUUCUGUGACACUGCCAUGUUCAGAGUGGCCGAGCUGUGGAGAUGAAGUGGCCGUGUACUCGAUGUGAUCUUGCACUAGUUGGAGAGGACGUUUACGUACUGUUAGCCUGGUGGUGUUGAUCCAGGUGCUGAGGUUUGAUGACGUUAAUCACUUGAACUUUGACUGUAUUGUGUUCAGCUUCCAAUAUCAAGGGCGUAAAAUCACCAGUUCCAUUUAACACGGCGUGUACGGGGGAUUAAACCGGAGCGGAACUGUGACAGCUCUAACGACAUGAUACACACUCAUUAUACGCUGCAGGAUUGUACAUUAGCUGUAGGAUAGAACGCAUGGUGUUGGAUUAUUUAUUUAUUUAUUUAUUCGACUGGUUAUUGCACUGGAUUUUGCACGUGAUGGUCCGAGCCCGCGCUGGUUUGGACCGUCUGCCCCCGCCGCUGCAUCUCCAUCACCAGCCUGGGCGUGACCCUGACCUGCUGGGUCGAGUUCGGGUUGAUUCACUGGUUCUGCACACGAAUGUAGACACAUGUAGAUGCCUUAAAGGACUUUUCUAAACAGUGCUGAGAGUUUUUACCUCGAUUACCGUAGUGAUUCGGACAUUUUGUGUCUUAAUGCGUCGGAGGUUUGACUGAAAUCUAAUAUUGAUGUUCAUGUGUAUAUUUAUUGACGUGGUGGUGCAUGACACUGUGCUUUUACUUUAGAUUUAUGGAGAUGUGGCACUUUUGUGCUGGUAUUUGAAUAAAAGUAUAUACAGAUAUAUUUUAUAUACAUAGUAGAAUAUAUUCGGUGAGUAAUUUUAUUGUUCUAUUUAGCACAUUAUUUUCUUGCUGAUGUUUCAUCGUGUGCAUGGAAUUGGGUAAUUAGACGUAGGCGCAGGCUAAACCACUAGCAGUGUUAGCGGACGCUGCCAGCAUCCUGAUGCUCAGUAUGUGUGUGUGUGUGUGUGUGUGUGUGACUACCACAGACAAUCAUGUCAACACAUCCUCCAGUACUGAGAAAAGAACAGAAGCCGUGAUUCCCAGCAGCGCUCUGAGAAUCAGGAGAACUAGAUUCCCUCAGUAUGCUGGUGAUGGGUGUGAAUGUUCCAGAACUAGCAGCACGCUUCUCAUGUGUAGGAUUUUUCUUCUAAACGACUUGUGUUCGAGUCUCAGCAGAUCUCUGUUCUACCUGAGCAUAGCGCUUCUGUUCUUUCCUCAGUCUGUAGAGAUGAUACACACACGUAUGUGCAGGAGAAUGAGGGUCGAGAUCAUGAUAUGAACCUGUACCGUCACACGUACGCUCAGAAACGACUGUUCAGCGUCGGCGUGUUUGAGGGGAUGUAUUGUGUUAUGGGGCGACUGCAGAUGAUUGAUCAGAGUGUGAAAGCAUGUGAGAAGAAUAAAGAAGGAAUAAAGAUCGGUAACAUUGAUCACAUGUAGAACCCAGCCCUCCUCAUUUUGUUUUCUUUUGUUCUUAAGAACUCUAUUUGUAUGAACUGACUCUGACGGCUGUUUAUGUUGCUUUGAUAUUUUUGUUCGGCCCCUAGUUGAAGUAAAACACGGACGUUUAAUAAAAGCAGAAUCGUUUCAGUCUUCUGAAUGUUUGUGUGAUUUUUAAAGCAUUUCUACGAACUGCAGCAGAAUCUGAGUGUAUUUUUCUAAACUGAUUAAAACUCAAAGUUUAAAUGAAACGUUUCUGAUUAUAUUUGUGUUUAAUAGUAACAGGUUUAAAAUGAUUUAAUACCUUGAUAAUAGAUUUUGCUUUGAAUGCUUUUCUUUACAUUCAGAAAGAUGAAAACAUCAAGACAUUUUGGUAUAUUUGGUAACCCCCCCCCCAAACCUUGUGAAAAUAUUUUAAUAAAAUAAACUUUUAUUGUAUAAAUGUUUGGGCUUUAUUGCUUUAUGAUUCACAGUCUGAUAAAGAUUCAUUCUGUUUAUAUUAAUUUAUUUAUUACCUUUAUUAUAAAAGUGUAUUUAAUAAAAUACUAAUGAGUAAUAAAGCUUCAUUCAUAAAAAACAUUCAUUUAUUUUUACUAACCAGCCAGAAAACAAAGCAGGAAAUUCAUCAACACGACACCAUCACACUCACACACACUCACUCAAUCACACAUUCACUCAUUCACUCACUCACAGGGGUAAUUACAUCCACCUUGUGUGUUUUUGGAAGUUGGAAGGAAACCCACACAGGGAGAACAUACAAAUCUAAUCACAGAUAAACUAAAGGCCAUGUUACUUUGACUUGUUCCACCAGGUCACGUUUACACCCGUGAUCUAUAGUGUUUCCACCCAAAGAGGAUGGAGGUCUUGUAUUGUUCAUUUUUACUGUAUAACUACUGAACUCAUGUCAGAAUGAAGCCAGUUUGGAUUAAAGAGUUAAAAUGAAAAUAA